AUGGGCUCUUACGGGAAUCGAUAAAUUUUCGGGAUUUUUCAGUUUUUAUGGUCGUAUUAAACAUAGAAGUAAUGAACAGAUGUUAGUGAAACUUUACAAUAAUACAUCUUAGCUGUCCAGAAAAGUACUGUUAAAUUUUUGAAAUUAUAAUGCACUUGCUCGUUUGAGUGAAAUAAUUAAUAAGAUAAAAAAAGGUUACAAUAAUCGAAGUAAUACAGCACGUAAGGGUGAUAAAUGUGUGCUAGUGAUAUAACAUGAAUUUCAAAUGUUGUAUUUAGUUAUCUAAGAGUGGUAUAAUAGUGAAAAAUGUUUAUUCUCAAUUUAAAAAAAGUUAUUUCAGUAAUGGAGGUAGUGCUUUAUAGCCGAAUUCUUUCUUAUAUUCACCAUUAUUAAUUUUAGACCAUGUACAGCAAAAAAAAGAAGGCAACAAAAGUCAUUUGAAUAUUUUACUUUACUUGAACCCCUGUGCUACUUGUUGUGCCGGGCCUGAGCAGAGGAACUCCCUUAACCCGUUGAUAGACGUUAUCAACGUACACACUUCUCUCAAUGAUCCGGUUGCAUCACUUGAUGAGUUGCAAUUGUCGCGAAUGAUACAAUGGUCAAAGCUAUAUUGAUGUUCGCUUGCUUAAGCGUUAGUUAUCAUCUGAAAGAGGCAACAUGACUAUCGCGUUGGUGUCUCUAAUUGUCGGGGCGUUUGUAGCUCUUUACUAUUAUUUGACGCGAAAUUACAAGUAUUGGCAGAAACGUGGAGUUCCUUGCGUGGAUGGAGCCCUGCCAGGAUUCGGUCAUAUGCUGUCGGUGACGUCCACGAAAACGCACAUCGCCGAUUUUUGUGACAAGAUCUACAAAAAUUACAAAGGUCGCAGUAUGAUAGGAUUUUACGACUUCACGUCGCCGUCGUUGAUGAUUCUUGAACCACAAUUGGUAAAAACGGUGAUGCAAACCAACUUCUCGAGUUUCUCUGAAAAUGCCAUUUAUCUCGAUCCCAAACUGGACUCACUUAUAGCACAUAAUCCUUUCUUUCUUUCGGGUGAAAAAUGGCAAAACAGUAGAAAACGUUUGACUAACGUAUUCUCCAGCAUGCGACUAAAGAUCCUGCUCGAAAGCGUUAAAAAGGUAUGUGUGGAGUUCGAAAACUAUAUUGAUAAAAAGUUAAGCAAUAUCGAAAAGACAGAAUUUGAAUUGAAGACUUUGUUUGCUAAGUAUACCGCACAGGUAGUAGCCGCUGCUGGUUUCGGCAUAAAUGGAUACUGCUUUGAUGUUGAGAAAAAGAACAUGUCUUUCACAAAAAUCGGAAAAACUCUGUUUAAGCCAUCCACGAAAAACACAAUCAUGUUCGCUCUCCUUAUCUUUAUGCCAUUAUUGAAUAAAAUCUUUAAGAUAAGAUUUAUUCCUGAGCACAUCGAUCGUUUCAUCAAGACAUUGGUUACAGAUCUCAUUGAACAAGGGAAAAAGGAUAAAAUACCUAAAAACAAUUUUCUCCAUUUAAUGUUAGAAUUAGAACACUCAGAAAACAAUAAAUUUGAUAUCGAAGUGCUCGCAGGACAUGCAUUUUCGUUUUUUCUCGAUGGCUAUGAGACUUCUAGCAGUACUAUGAGCUACAUCGGUUUUCAUUUAGCCAGCCACCCGGAAGUACAGGAGAAAUUGCGCGAGGAGGUGAUGACGGUGCUCAACAGACACGACGGUGAAAUCACUUACGACGGUUUGAGAGAGAUGACAUACAUGGACCAGGUCUUCAACGAGUCGAUGAGAAUGAUAUCUCCAUUAGUAAUUAUAAAGAAACGAUGUACAGAAGAGUUCGAACUAAAAGGAUCCGAUGGAAUUGUCUGCCGCGUUCAAUCCGGAACGAAGAUCGUGAUACCGAUUCAAUCUCUGCACAAAGAUCCUCAAUAUUGGAAACAUCCCGAGGAGUACGAUCCUGAAAGAUUCAACCCGGAAAAAAAACAUAGCAACGAGAGAUUUACCUAUCUGCCCUUCGGCGAAGGCCCACGAAUGUGCGUGGGUAUGAGAAUGGCCCAGCUACAAAUAAAGGCAGGUCUGGCUACGAUUCUAAAAAAAUACAGAAUGGAACUAUCCCCGAAAACGCAAAUUCCUUUAAAAAUGAUUCCUUCUUUUGUACAAGUACCGAAAGGCGGCCUGUGGGUCUACCUCCGUCAGAUAUAAAUAUGAAUAUUUUAUUUCCAACUUUUGUCAAACUCACAACGUCGUAAAUGUUUUCUAUGUUCAAAGAAAGAAUUUGUAAUUAUUAUGUACAUAAAAAAGCAUUCUCUUCAAA